ACGGGUGCUUACAAGUCUCCAUAGACGGCCGGUCUUCUCCGUUGCGCGUCUGAGCUUUCAACAAGAAACACUAAUUUCUAAGCAUUCAUAUUAACUGCUCUGCAUGAUGAUAUUUUGCUGUGGAGAGUUAUAAAUACAAUAAGCUUCACAAGCCCUUACAUUCAUUUCCUUGACCGUAGUACUCCCAUUCUCUCUGGAAUAGAUUCUCAGCAUCAGCAAUAUUCAUUUUACUUGAGAAAUAUCUCGUUUAAUUCGGACAUGAGCCAAUACAACUAUCCCCAGGCUCCAGUGGUAUAUCUGCCGCCACCCGCAUCAUAUCCUCCUCCACCCGGUGCAUAUGUUCCACCAGGUCAAGUUUAUCCUCCUCCUCCACCUCCUGUUGCUGCACACCUAUCCUAUCCGCCACCCGUCCAAGCCGGCUACUCGCAAGUGGUAUAUCCGCCGCCACCGGCAUCAUAUCCUCCUCCACCCGGUGCAUAUGUUCCACCAGGUCAAGUUUAUCCUCCUCCUCCACCUCCUGUUGCUGCACACCUAUCCUAUCCGCCACCCGUCCAAGCCGGCUACUCGCAAGGUCCUUUUGUUGCACCACCACCAGUAGGUUACCCCAUGAAAAGUGGUCCUGGUUACCCCCAACAAGAAGUCCCUCAUCCAAAAACUAAGCACAGGGGUGGGUUUUGGAAGGGAUGUUGUGCUGCCAUGUGUUGCUGCUGCCUCUUGGAUAUCUGCUUUUAAGGAUUUUAUAUUCUUUACCGAUAUGCUUCCUCUCUCUCUCUUUUAAAAUGACUGUAUUUUCGGUCUAUUUUCAUUAUAUUUGACGAGAUGUUUGCUAUGUUCUUUAAUUUUUUUCACUUUACAAGGACAGUAAAUAGGUUAUGUUAUCGAGGAUACUGUAUUUG